CCUUAUAGGGAUCAGGUAGGACAUCGGAAAGCGGAAGUCGACUCGGUAGAAGGAAAGCUCUCGAAAACAGUUUGAAUUCUUUGUCGAGGGCCGCCCGAUAUAAAGAUUUUAAACGAUGGUUAAGAUUUUCGUGGGAAACCUGCCCCGAGAGGCAGACCAAGAUGAAAUCAAGGCACUCUUUACUGAGUACGGCACAGUCACAGAAUGUGCCAUCAUCAAGAACUACGCCUUCAUCCACAUGGAUGACCGCAAGGCCGCCACCAAAGCCAUCAAGAAUUUGCACCUUUACAAGCUUCACGGCACACCUAUCAAUGUGGAGGCCAGCCACGGGAAGAACCAGGGCUCAGUCAAACUGCAUGUAGCUAACGUAGAAAAGGGCGCUGAUGACGAGCUCCGGGCUCUCUUUGAAGAGUACGGCUCAGUCACUGAGUGUGCUGUAGUCAAGAAUUUUGCUUUUGUACACAUGUCCAACUCUGAAGAGGCCAUGGAUGCCAUCAAGGGACUGGACAAUACUGAAUUUCAAGGCAAACGCAUCCAUGUGCAGAUUUCUAAGAGCCGCCCCAGACACGAUGAACGGGAUGACUACCCUCCUCCCCCAGACAGGGGUGGCUAUUGGCCCCCACGCUACCCAGGAGAGAGGCAUGAGCCCCCACCCAGCUACAUGAGAGGCCGCCUCAGCCAUAUACCCCCAGGUUACCCCGCCCCUCCUCUGCCACCCCCUCCCCCUAGACGAGCAGUUUACCCUGAACGUCCCUACGAGGGUGAGAGGGACAGAUACGGCGUGGUAGAUUACUAUGAGAAGUACAGAGCCCGUCCGUAUGGUAUGGCCGCCUACGAGGACCAACGUGCUGGCGCCCCUCCUCCUCCCCCUCCGUCAGCCGUUGUCCGAGACCGUCUUAUGCCCUCGUCGCUUGACCCUUAUGAGCGUCGUCCCCUCCCACCACCUCCGUCCUCGUACUACGCCCGAGAUCGCAGUCCCCUAAGGAGGGCGCCCAGUGCUCCAAUGCCCCCCGCAAAUAAUGGCUACUCCUACGAGCGCUCCCGACUCUCUCCGGUAUCCCGGGUCCCGGCAUACGGAGUUCCACGCGCCAGGGACCCCUACGCAGAACGGCUGCCUCCGCCACCACCUGCACGCUACGCUUAUUAAGGCCCGGGCAUGUGAAGGAUCGUCGUCAACUGCGUCGCCGCUCGCCGCCUCCUGAUGCACGUGACACUAUCCUCUCCCUGUCUGUGGCUGAGCGCGUUGCGUUUCCCUGCGAUGCUCACAGGAGGAACCGAUUUGCCGACGUCCACGUCUGUUUUUUGUUUUUAUUAAUUUGGGACAGUUUUUACUCGUUUACCCCCCCCUGAUUGUUUUAGUUUGUCAUUGUGCUAUAGUAUUUUUUUAUGCUUGACGUCUGAAUUAGGCGGUUUUUUAUUUUGUACAUUUACGUUUUGAAAAAUUAGUGUUAUGUUGUGUGUGACCUUAGAAAGCUGAUCAUUUCAGCAGCAGUCCUGGCGAUAUUUGUGACUGUAGAUUUAACUGAACUAAAUCAUGUUUGGUGUUAAAUCUAAUCUGCACGUUGGUUCCAUUAUGUUACGCUUUCCCAUCGAAAAACCAAACCGCCAUUGCUAAAAAAAAAAAAAAAAAAAAAAUUUAACUGCUAAGACGUAUGGGUUUGACAAAUGUAGAAAGUAACUGUUAAUAGGACAGUUACCGGAAAGCGUUCACAUGUACCUGUCCAUUGUCGAACUUGUUUUUAAUAAACGGAUGUGCAGUAAUGUUGUUCACAGAUUUACCCAAACUCAUGCCCAGCGCUAAAAUACCUCAUCAGUGUAACCGCUUGCAUUGGUUCGAACACUCUAAAAUCUUCGAAAGGAAAAUUGCCUAUAUUAAAUUAUACGUUUAUUUGUGAUAUCACGCAAAACAAACUUGAUGAAAUCGUUCCGCUGAUUUGAGAAAUAUCUCUCCUGGUCUUUAGACCCAGCAUACCUUCUUAACUCCCCCUUUUGUGAGAUUGCAUAACUGGGACUAGUUUAUCUUGAAUCGGGGGUGAGAUGACAUCAAAGGCUGAGAGACCUUCACAGUGAACAGGUAAGUCGUGGGCUUUAAGGACGACUGAAGCAGAAGGUACAACAGACAGCACAUGCUCACAUUUAACUUUUCUAGGUAAAUGCUAAUAGUUGAUACACACAACUAUCCACUCAGCUGUACGUCUCUUUAUAGCCAGUGGUUGUUGGAAAAACACACAAGUUACAUACAUAGUCCAUUUUUAGGCAUUGCCAGCAAGUGGAACGCAGACUACGGUGUUAGAACCCAGGAGGCUUUGAAGACUGUUUUUUACAAAUUUGACCAUUAAAGAAGCUUGGUUUGACUCAACAGACAUGAAAGACAAGCAGAAGUUAAUUCUAAACUGUCUUGCAGAAACACAUUUAUAAGCUGUUGUAAAACAUGAAGUCAUUAAUACAAUGAAAUUACUAUACAAACUGAUUUUUCACAAAAAAAAUCAAUGGCUGACAAAUAAUACCGUACCUUGCAUUGUAUUGCUGUAUUGGACGUUGACCUGUAGAAAUAAACUAUU